UUGAAUUCGCUUUCGACAUCUGUUUUCCGAUUAUCUCCAAGCAUUCACCAUCCCCUAUCUUCCGGUCAUGUCCAUCCAUGACUCCACUUUCUCGGCCCUCAAGGACAUGGGCAUCGACCCAAUGUUGGCUCGAGAAGCAGCUUCUCGUUUUCAUUCUGUUGAGCCGGCCGUGAAUUGGUGUUUUGGUGAUGGCGCCAAUUGGCAACCAACUACGGUAGCGGAAUCUAUGUACGGUGGAUUCAACCCCAGACACCGUGAAGGAACAUCAGUGGAACAUCGCGAGGUCAUUGAAGUCUUUGACUCCCCAUCUGGCUCUCCCAAACCACGACACUCACAUAUUCCUCUCGGUUCCAAUAACCCUUUCCUUCCCACUCAACCUAGAUCGCCACAUCCGGCUUCCCACCCUUUACCCCAACCGCCUUUGCCUCCUCGUUCACCGUCCGUGCGUCUCGGUACGCAGGGCCUACCAGUUGAGGUAGACGAUGGUAAUGAUUCCGAAGGUGAGGAACUAAGAAAAGCUAUUGCUCUUUCGCAAAAUGUGGAACAUUCUGUGUCAGAAGCAGCACCAUUGCAAGAUGCGAUGGAUGUUGAUGGGAAGCGAGAUUCAAGAGAAAGAAGCGAAAGGGCUAGCGGAGCGCCGCCACCUAGUCCGAAAUCUGAUAUGCCUGGGACCAUUGGAGUGACUUUCGGUCCGAGCACGAAAGACGAUGUUGAUGGGAAGUUAGCAUUGGUACCGACAUCGCAGAAUAAUAAUACGACUUCAAAUGAAGACGCAGACCUGGAUAAAGCCAUACAAGAGUCGCUUAUGACGGCCAGUUUCCAUUCCGCAUCUGCUGAAGCGAAUAAGGAAAGACCGCAGCCAACAAAAAGGGGCGAUGGAGUCCCACUUGUUUUCUAUUCCCCGUCCGGACGUUACACAUACGUUGCCCAGAUUUUGCAAGCUUUCGCCGCUGUCCCGCGUAUCCAGACUGCCUUUCAGGAAAAUGUUGAUUCUGCGUCUAGUGGAGAUGACAUUCUAACUGAGCGAACUCAAGCAUUAAGUGACUCAUUCGGACGUAUGAUUGAUGAACCGUUCAGCUUUUACGAGAUUGACGAUACGGCCAAAAUUAUCACUGAAGGCUCUGAGAGGAAUCAGCUUCCGCCCCUGUUACCUACAAUGGAUUUUCAACUGAUAUUCAUUGAUCUCUUUGAGCGUGCGGCGAUACCGAGGUUGCAAGGGAUGGCCAAGGACGAAGACGAGCUCAAUCGUCUUCGAGAAGAGUGUCGUCGCGUAUUUGAAACUAAAGUCACCGGCCAUACUCCAGAUUCCAUUACGUCGGCCUCCUACGUCACAUUCGUCCGCCAGCCUACAGGCAAUGACGUGUACACCCAACUCGCGGAUGUGUUCUGGGGUCCCGAAGCCCAAACAACGUCGAUCAAAAAGUUGGGAGAUGUUUUGACGGUGUAUCUGGAUUGGAAGCCCAGUUCAGCGAGAGAGGUUUGGAAGUUGGAUGAAGAGAUUACGCUUGAUCGGUUUUUACAGAGCAAUGCGGCGUGGGCUGCUAAUAGGAGAGGGUUACAAGCCGUUUCCGCAGGUAACGCGAGAAGGAUCAAGGAAAAGAUUGAGUCUCUGACUCUGCACGAUGGCAAUAAUUACCUCGAUAGUUUUGCAGCACUUAUAGAAAACCUGCGGACAAAACCGAAGAACGUCGAUAUAACGCGAGCAGUAUCUCGCGAGGGAAUGAAGGGCAAGAUUGAGACGAUACUCACGGCUCUCAAAACAAAAGUCGCAGAUUUGGAGGAAGAGCUAAAAGAACAGGAAAAAGCAGCUUCUGCAGAGGCGUUUGAGACAGACGAUCCUCAGUAUAACCAGCAUGUCUUCAAUUUGCGAGCAAUAUUGUUCCAUGAUGGUGCUAUGGUUGGUCAAAAACAUCUGUAUAUGUAUGUUAGAGGCAAAGAUGAUAGAUGGUGGAAGAUACAAGAGCAUGAGGCUACAGAAGUCGAGUGGGAAGCGAUCAUUGGAGAUAGGACUGGUAUUUGGAUGGAAGGGGGACCGUAUAUGUUGUUAUAUGCUCGUCAAGGCGAUCGACCUUCAUCACCUGAAUCAUCUCCAACCCGACCAAGUGACGUCGACGUCCCUCCUCACUCCAACUCUAUCAUCCUCGAAAGCAACAACACCUUAACUCCUACCCUUCCUCCUGACUAUUCAGAAUCCACAUCUACUUCGGCAUCCAAUGGAUCGAAAUCCCAGUCGUCAGACACUAAUGAAAAGAAUGGUGAAGGGCUACUGUUGAUGGAUAUGGAAACCCCUGAGGCAGAGACAGAAUGGGUGGAGGAUGCAGGGAGCGAGGCCAAUAAGGAUUUGAUGGACAUCGUAAUGGGUGAAGGUGGGUCACCAAAAAAGGAAGAAGAGAUAAAGGCCACUGUGCACGAGAAGGCAGAUGAGGAAAAUAAGGAAGUAGAGGCGAGGAGCACAAAUAAGGACGAAGAUACUGUCAUGUUGUAAUGUGGUUGCUUUGUAUAAUCUCCGUUCUCAUCAGAGACCCACGGGCUUUUGGUCGAAUAUGUAAUUUAAUUUACCAACAUAGCUCAUCGACAUUUUAACAAUAUGGCUCGUUUAUUUGUUUCGAACUGUACAUUACUUGUACAUGUCAGCCGUCGGGCAAUUUGAGAAAGACCGCCUACCGAUCAGCAAGAAGGACUGAUUCGCUCUCUCCAACUCCAAUUGCCCUUAGGUUAGUUAAACGUAUGAAGUGAUAGUAUUGCGAUCUCUUAUGCAUACUCAUGAUCGUAUCGGUUUCUUUGCUUAUACAAU